UUCGGUGUGUGCCAUCCAGUUGCUUUUUCGGAACGUUCAAAGCAUCAUCGACAACAUGGCUGACGCGACUUCGGCGGACGGAGAGAAACUCAGCAAAAAGUCUGUCCGCUGACUGGUAGCUCAGUAUGCUGUGCCUGGUCAGGGCAGCCGGGCAGCAGCUGUGCCAGGCCUUUGCUGUCAGGGGACAGUGGUUAAAAUAUGCAUCCCCAUGUACAGCUGCAGUCCAUGCACACAUGUACGGGAUCCGUUGGAGAGGUGACAAAAGUGAGCUGAAGAGACAAAUGAAAGCUGAAAAGAAGGCGUCUGAAAAAGAAGCCAGGGUGAAGGAGCAGUUGGAUCUAAAAAAUGAAUCCAAUGAUACAGGAGCCGAAGAUGCCUGUGCGUUGGAUGAGGAGACGCUUGACCCAAAUCAAUACUUUAAGAUCCGCUCGCAGGCCAUCCAGGAACUGAAGGGCACAGCAGAGGAUCCGUACCCUCACAAGUAUCAUGUAGACUUGUCACUCACAGAGUUCAUCGAGAAAUACAAUCAUCUACAGCCUGGAGAACAGCUGACAGAAGCUGCUCUCCUCAAUGUGUCAGGCCGUGUCCAUGCCAAGAGGGCUUCUGGUGCCAAGCUGAUUUUCUACGACCUGCGAGGUGAAGGCGUCAAGUUGCAAGUCAUGGCCAACUCAAGUAGCUACAAGUCUGAGGAGGCCUUUGUGGCCAUAAACAACAAACUGCGUCGCGGCGAUAUUAUCGGUGUCCGUGGUAUCCCAGGGAAGACAAAAAAAGGGGAGUUGAGCAUCAUCCCCACCGAGAUGACACUUCUUUCACCAUGUUUGCACAUGUUGCCCCACCUCCACUUUGGCCUCAAAGACAAGGAAACCAGAUUCCGCCAGCGCUACUUGGAUCUGAUUCUCAAUGACUAUGUGAGGCAAAAGUUCAUUACUCGCGCCAAAAUCAUCACAUACCUGCGCAGCUUCCUGGACCAGAUGGGAUUUUUGGAGAUUGAAACACCAAUGAUGAACAUUAUUCCUGGUGGAGCCGUGGCCCGUCCGUUUGUCACCUACCACAAUGACCUGGAUAUGAACCUGUUCAUGAGGAUCGCGCCUGAGCUCUUCCACAAGAUGCUUGUGGUUGGUGGAAUGGACAGAGUGUAUGAAAUCGGUCGUCAGUUCAGAAAUGAAGGCAUCGAUCUUACCCACAAUCCAGAGUUCACCACCUGUGAAUUCUACAUGGCAUAUGCAGAUUACCAUGACUUGAUGGAAAUCACAGAGAAACUUCUCUCAGGAAUGGUGAAGCACAUCACUGGAGGAUACAAGGUGACUUAUCACCCUGACGGUCCUGAGGGGAAGGCCUUUGAGAUCGACUUCACGCCGCCAUUCAGAAGACUGAGCCUGACUGGAGACCUGGAGAAGAUCAUGGGAGAGAAAUUCCCUCCUACUGACAGCUAUGACAGUGAAGAGACACGUAAAUUCUUUGACGAGCUGUGUGCAAAGAAAGGAGUUGAAUGUCCGUCACCCAGAACCACUGCUCGUCUCCUUGACAAGUUGGUUGGAGAUUACCUUGAGGUCACCUGUAUCAACCCAACAUUCAUCUGUGAACAUCCUCAAAUCAUGAGUCCCUUGGCGAAAUGGCACCGAUCCCAGAAAGGCCUGACGGAGCGUUUUGAGCUCUUUGUAAUGAAGAAGGAAAUCUGCAAUGCUUACACCGAGUUGAAUGAUCCCGUCAGACAGAGAGAGCUUUUCGAGCAGCAAGCCAUGGCCAAAGCUGAGGGUGAUGAUGAAGCCAUGUUCAUCGAUGAGACCUUCUGCACGGCUCUGGAGUACGGACUGCCACCGACAGCCGGCUGGGGGAUGGGCAUCGAUCGUGUCGCCAUGUUCCUCACCGACUCCAACAACAUCAAGGAGGUGUUGCUCUUCCCAGCCAUGAAGCCUGACGACAAUAAGACAUCAGCGCCCACAGAGGGCACCUCCGUCUAAUGGCAUGACCUCUGACCUGUGCAGGAGUCCGUAUAGAGCAAAAGCCUUUUAUAACUGCGGUCAUUAGUGGAGCCUGCAGGUUUUGUGUUUUAUCAUGUUGGUGUGUAUAAGGAUUGAUCCUUGCAGUCAUUAAGGGGAAUCAUCUUGUCUCAGUUACAUGGUUAACUGGUAAAGGUGACAAAAGCUCCUAAUUUUCUUUUGUACUUCUUACAAUUUUGCGCUCAUAUUUGUUGUCGUCCUUGUUACUUUUAAGGGGAAAUUUUAAUCCUCAUUGUCAUCCAAACAGUCAAUGGAUGGCAUUUGGUCAGGAAGUCGUGUGAUCUGCUGUGAUGCCAUCUUGGUAAUAAAUAAAAUGGUGCUUGAGUCUGGCUACCAAAUACAAAUUAGAUGCACAAUAAAUAUGUUAAGUGUUCUCCAUAUAUUCAUCUGUUUUACCUGCUUGUUUGUCCUGUCUGACAUUUUUCAAGCUAGACUCCACAAAUUAAAUAUGCCUCUGCCAAGAGGUUCAAAUGUG